AUGUUAGAAAAUUGGCCGUUCAUCGAAUACGAAAGAGCCACUUACGCAGUUAAGCGGCAGGAGCCAAGCUGCAUGGUGAUGUCAGCCUACUUGGGAAGAACCGUUGGUCCAGCUGGACGUGGGCAGAAAUUCUACCGGGAACGGAUACUGGCGUUGCAAUGUAAUGACCCAGGUGAGAGUGAGUGCAUCCCUUUCGCCGGCCCAAAUCGCAAGUGCUGGGAGAUGCUUUCCCCAUGGAUCAUUCUCCUUGACCUCAUUGGAGUCGCGUGGGCUGCUGAGAGCAGUUAUGAUCAUGAUGAGUACUACGUGGGCUCCAAUGGCUACUUCUACCUUUGUGGUUCCACGGAAAGUGACUGGCCAGGCUUCACAAAUGCAGGGUAUUCAGACUACGUGUUCGUUACUCUGGACAGCUCCGGCACCUUCUUGGCAGCUGAUCAGAUCGGAAGUGGUAGCCACGACUGGUGCCAGUCUUUAGCCGUCGAUGCGAGUGACAGCGUCUAUGCCGUCGGCCCGAAAGGGCACUCAGGGGGCUCUGCCCCAGCUACGGAUUCGAUACUGGUGAAGUACAACAGCACUGGAUGUCGGCAAUGGAUGGUCAGCCUCGAUGGUCUCAACGGCGGCGGGACUGUAAGCCGCGUUUCCAUCGAUUCUUCGGGUGAUCUGAUUGUUGCGGGCGUCAUUGGCGGAGCCUUCGCCGGAUUUGCCAGCGCCGGCAGCGAUGACGUCUUCGUCCAGAAGUACAACACGAACGGCAUUGUCCAGUGGAGCUUUCAAACAGGAUCCCCUGGGAAGGAGCAUGUGGAGGACAUGGUUCUGGAUUCUUCAGACAAUGCCAUCGUGGUUGGAUAUAACUAUGCGCAACCGUGGGCAGGCCAAACAUUUCCAGAUGGUUGUGACGGGUUCGUGACGGUCUGUGAAACUGGAUUCAUCCUCAAGGUGGACAACUCGGGAAAUCAGCUUUGGAUGUAUCCUGUUACCCCGACUUCUUCCGAUAGAACCUCGGGAUGGCUUCGAGCAGUGGCAGCAGAUGCGUCGGAUAGCAUCUACACUAGCGGAUGGAUGAGGGCAGAUGGUUCAGCCGGAAACUUCAACGGGAAGUCGUUAUCCCAGGACACGCAAUACUACUACUUGCUGAAGUUGAAUGACGCCGGAUCGCUGCAAUGGACCAAUUUUGACUCCUCCGCGCGCGCUGAUGCGUUAACCUGGGCUGCUUCAGCGCAACAGCUGCUUUCGGCUGCCGGCGAGAACACGGAAGUGCAGAUGAAGAGUCUGUCCACAGAGGAUGGUCACAUGAUCUGGGCUGAAAUUACGGACGUCCGCACGCUCACCGCAAAAGCUAUCGCAGCACCUGGGGAAAUCUUCUACGUAGGUGGAACUACGCGCAGUGGAGAGGCUGUGCCUUCCCACACAUCCUCCGGCCAGGAAGAUAUGAUGGUAUGGAUACUGGAUGCGAGGACCACGACAACGACUACAUCUAGGACUGUAUCCACCAGCUCUACCAUCACCGGAACUACAUCAACAUCAUCUACAGCCACCCGAACUACGUCAACGGCCAGCAGUACAAGUUUCACAUACACCAGCACAGCCACAAUCAGCACCAGUGUCACAAGCACAAGCACCACAAGCACAAGCACCACAACCACAAGCACCACAACCACAAGCACCACAACCACAAGCACCACAACCACAAGCACCACAACCACAAGCACCACGAACACAAACACCACGAGCACAAGCAUCACCACAUCUUCUUCGUCGUCCACUUCCAGCAGCACCGCCACAAGUACGACAAGCAGAUCCCAGACGUCGACAACCAGCACCAGCACUGCAUCAUCAACUUCCACAACGAGCGUGAGCAGCACCAUCACGAGCACUGCAUCAACCUCGAUUACUUCCAGCAAGACGUCGAGCAGCACAACCACAAGCAGUUCAAGCAUGAGCAGCACCAUCAGCUCUUCGAGUACAUCCACCACAUCGUCCAGUACAACGACAUCGAAGAGCUCUUCUUCGACGCUCAGCACGAGCUCCACCAGUACGACAACGAGUUCGACCACAUCCACUCUCACGAGUCUUACGGCCACCACCACCGUGAGCUCAACUACUACUACCACGACGGUGUUGGGCGCGUUCGUUAUGCCCAACAUCGAUUCGGCGUCCCCUUUGGGAGCCCUGAUGCGAGAGUCAUUGCAAGAGGCCGUGAAGGCAGUGGUGGAUGGAGCGUCGUCCCGGAACGCAAUCACAAGCACAGGCAACGUAUCUCUUGUGAAGUUGGGUGGACAAGCUACGCAAGCCGGAAGUUCGGACGGCGUUGCCAUGUCUACGCCUGUACGCGUGUCUGUUCCACCCAGCCUUGUGUCGGAUCUAUCAAUGAAUGCAACACCUUGGCUGAGCACCGUGAUGAUGGACAGCAGCGUUGUGAAUCACCUGUCCAGCCGUUCCUCCGACGGGCCAGUUACGUUCAGAUCGCCGGUGGUGGAGAUCUCCCUUAUGCAGGAAACGCAUGGCCGCGUUUCCGUGGCUGAGAUUUUUGGGCUUCUGACCCCGAUUGCCAUACGACUCUCGAACGACGAGCUGCCGCCUGGACAGCGCUGUUAUUGGCUGGACCAAGUGAGCGGGAUGUGGUCUGAUGCUGGGACGGAAAUACCUGAUCACUGGCAGUUGAGAGCGCUGCAGGUCGCGCCCUUGGAUGGAACUUGGUGCCUCGUGUCCCACCUCACUACAUUCGUGAUUGCAACACCUCCACCAGCACCCGUGCCUCCAGAUAACACGCCGCUGGUUGCUUCCCUCUCGAGUGGGGUCUCAGUUUUUGCAUUGACCGUCGCCGGUCUCUGCUAUCGCCAUGUACACCAGGUGCUCAAGAAGAAAAAGCUCCAGAAAGAAGAGCAGGAUAAAUAUGAGCAAAAGGAGCAGUUCAGAAAAUGGUACGUUGAGUGGUAUCCGCACCACCGGCACACGAUCUUCAGCAUCAUGCAAACUGCCAUGGAUGAGGGUGCCAAAGGAUUGGUUCUCUUGAAAAUCGCUGCGGACCAGCCGGGCACAUACACAGAGGACUCAUGGACAGAUCUCCAGACUGACUUGAGAGAAGCAUUCAGGAAGGGGAAUCGUCCAUUCAGUGAUGGUCGCCUUGACUUCCAGUCCCAAGUACAAUGGCAGCCAUGUUCGCGGAGUGAGCGGUUGCGUGAAGAGUUGCACCACAGUGCGAGGGAGGAGACGUUUGUCAUCAUUGUCUCUUGCAUCGACUCGGAAGUUGCGGCCGUGAAGGAUGCAGUGCGAAUCCACAACAAACACCGCGCCCCAGGACUUGGAAAGGCGAAGUUUGCAUGGUCAUCGCCAUUGAAACAUCACGAAGCAUCAACGGUGCACAUUUCAAGGUCUUCGUCCUGGUUGAAGAAGGCCACAAGCCAUGAGAGUGUGGGCGCAAAGAAGAGCAUCCGAAGUAUGCACUGGUUCAGCCACUACAAAUUCACGAUCUACGGUGUUGCGCAGACGGCCAUCGACGAAGGUGCACAAGGACUGCUGCUGCUCGGUGUGCAACCGGGUCUUCAAAACGAAAUGACGAAUGCGGAAUUUCCGGCUAUUCAAAAAGAAUGGAACAGAGCUCGCGAUCUAAAAGUUUUUCCCUUUUGUGAUGUCGGCGGGAUGCAGCUGAUUGAGACGAAGACGAACUGCGGAUUCUCACGCGUGACCCAGAACAAGUUGUGGCAAGAACUGAAGCACUACACCCAAGAGAACCAGUAUGUCCUGAUUAUCUCAUGCACAGAUGCCGACGAAGCCAAUGUUGUCAACACAGUUAUGCGAUUCAAUCAAGAGCGACCUCCGGGACAUGGGGAGGUGAAGCGCGCAUGGGCCACCGCAAAAGAUAUGUAUGGAGAUCGCCCCCGUGAGCAUUUUGACGGAGUCGCUCACCAUCAGCAAGCCUCCGUGGAACAUCACAGGCCCCAUGGUGACUCUCUGCAAGACUCAGUUCGCAUUCACAUCGAGGAUUUAGAGCCUGAAGAGGAGAGCACCCUGCAGUACGCUGGGGCUCCAACAACCACCAGGACAGCGAGAAGCUUUCCCGGUAACCUCCGUGACUGA